AUGACGGUCUCUGAAGAGCUAACUUUUCCUUCAGAGAAAUUCACAUCCAAAAGUAUCAUACUUCCAGAAUCCACACCCACAAGUAUCAUAAUUCCAGAAUCCACAUCCAAAAGUAUCAUACUUCCAGAAUCCACACCCACAAGUAUCAUAAUUCCAGAAUCCACAUCCACAAGUAUCAUACUUCCAGAAUCCACACCCACAAGUAUCAUAAUUCCAGAAUCCACAUCCAAAAGUAUCAUACUUCCAGAAUCCACACCCACAAGUAUCAUAAUUCCAGAAUCCACAUCCACAAGUAUCAUACUUCCAGAAUCCACAUCCACAAGUAUCAUACUUCCAGAAUCCACAUCCAAAAGUAUCAUACUUCCAGAAUCCACAUCCACAAGUAUCAUACUUCCAGAAUCCACAUCCACAAGUAUCAUACUUCCAGAAUUCACAUCCAAAGUAUUAUACUUCCAGAGUCCACAUCUACAAGUAUCAUACUUCCAGAAUCCACAUCCACAAGUAUCAUACUUCCAGAAUCCACAUCCAAAAGUAUCAUACUUCCAGAAUCUACAUCCAAAAAGUAUCAUACUUCCAGAAUCCACAUCCACAAGUAUCAUACUUCCAGAAUCUACAUCCAAAAGUAUCAUACUUCCGGAAUCCACAUCCACAAGUAUCAUAAUUCCAGAAUCCACAUCCAAAAGUAUCAUACUUCCAGAAUCCACUACCACAAGUAUCAUAAUUCCAGAAUCCACAUCCAAAAGUAUCAUACUUCCAGAAUCCACACCCACAAGUAUCAUAAUUCCAGAAGCCACAUCCAAAAGUAUUAUACUUCCAGAAUCCACAUCCACAAGUAUCAUACUUCCAGAAUCCACACCCACAAGUAUCAUACUUCCAGAAUCUACACCCAAAAGUAUCAUACUUCCGGAAUCCACAUCCACAAGUAUCAUACUUCCAGAAUCCACAUCCACAAGUAUCAUACUUCCGGAGUCCACAUCCACAAGUAUCAUACUUCCAGAAUCCACAUCCACAAGUAUCAUACUUCCAGAAUCCACAUCCACAAGUAUCAUACUUCCAGAAUCCACAUCCACAAGUAUCAUACUUCCAGAAUCCACAUCCAAAAGUAUCAUACUUCCAGAAUCCACACCCACAAGUAUCAUACUUCCAGAAUCUACACCCAAAAGUAUCAUACUUCCAGAAUUCACAUCCAAAGUAUUAUACUUCCAGAGUCCACAUCUACAAGUAUCAUACUUCCAGAAUCCACAUCCACAAGUAUCAUACUUCCAGAGUCCACAUCCAAAAGUAUCAUACUUCCAGAAUCCACAUCCAAAAGUAUCAUACUUCCAAUUAGAAAACGACUAUUACUGUACACGAGAAGAUGUUUGUCUGAAGGAAGUGAGCACUUAUCAAGAAUCUAGAACACUUUUUGUUUGUCUGAAGGAAGUGACCACUCUUCAAGAAUCUAGAACACUUUUUGUUUGUCAGAAGGAAGUGACCACUUAUCAAGAAUCUAGAACACUUUUUGUUUGUCUGAAGGAAGUGACCACUUAUCAAGAAUCUAGAACACUUUUUGUUUGUCUGAAGGAAGUGACCACUUAUCAAGAAUCUAGAACACUUUUUGUCUGUCUUCAAGAAGUGACCAUUUAUCAAGAAUUUAGAGCAAUUUUUGUUUGUCUUCAAGAAGUGACCACUUAUCAAGAAUCUAGAACACUUUUUGUUUGUCUGAAGGAAGUGACCACUUAUCGAGAAUCUAAAACACUUUUUGAGUAA